AAGCACGUCGUCUGGAUGUUGUCACUCCCAAUGUCGCCUCUUUGUCUUGGGGUACCGCGAUUGUGUAGUUAAAAUUGAAAGGAUGUCAGUUGUGACCUGUUACUAAAGAGCUACAAGUCGACGCAAAAGGGAGUUCGAGAAACGGACAGAAAAGGGUCGACAAGCUCACUCGGUUUCGUUUCUUGUAGUAGCGCUGCGUCUCCACGAGCGGCCCUUGUGUGCUGCAGGCCGGCGCCUCCCGCUCACCGCCGAGCAGUGGUAUACGCCGUAGUAAAAGAAAGCUCUUUCAGUGCCACUUCAGUUUGGGAAACGAGGGCGCCUUUUCUCGCUCGAUCUUUUGACCUAGGGUGGGGGGAGUUGCCUGCUAUCUUGUCAACACAAGCCCACUCUAGUCAGUGUUGUUGUCUUUCCGCCAACGAGCCGUGUGAGAUCUGACUUGGGCUUUUUGGCUUAUCUCUGUUUGCAGCGUUAUCCCCUCCCCUUCACUUCCCACCCUGUGCUCGGACGUCAGGUGCAGAUGCGGAUGAGAAGCUCUAGCGAUCGGCGUGAGGUGUUCGAAUAGCAUAAGCGGGGCGGCUUUGAAAUUAAAGCGUUCGCCUGUGAAGGCGAAGAGGCGCAGUAAGAAAGAAAGAGGAGCGUGGGAAGAGUUACAGUUUGACAGGUGCCUUUAUCCUCUGCUGCCGCCGCAGCCGCCACCACCACAGUCACCGGACUAAAUCGGAGGCAUGCCGGCUGUACAGAAAACUGUGUCCGAUCUACGCUCCCGGGUGGAAGGAUAUGAGAAGACAGAAGACACUUCAGAGAAAACAUCAUUGGCAGAUCAAGAGGAAGGACGGCUAAUAUUUAUAAAUCAACCUCAACUAACCAAAUUUUGCGGCAAUCAUGUCAGCACUGCAAAAUACAAUGUUCUUACAUUCCUGCCAAGAUUCCUUUAUUCACAGUUCAGACGGGCAGCAAAUGCAUUUUUCCUUUUCAUUGCACUUCUUCAGCAAAUUCCUGAUGUUUCACCAACGGGUCGUUACACCACCUUGGUUCCCCUCUUAUUCAUUCUUGUUGUAGCAGCAGUAAAGGAGAUCAUAGAGGAUCUUAAACGCCAUAAAGCUGAUAAUGUUGUAAACAAGAAGGAAACCCAAGUGCUCAGAAAUGGUGCUUGGGAGAUUGUCCACUGGGAAAAGGUGACAGUGGGCGAGAUAGUCAGAGUCACCAAUGGGGAUCAUCUCCCAGCUGAUCUCGUCAUUCUUUCAUCCAGUGAGCCUCAAGCUAUGUGCUACAUUGAAACGGCCAAUCUAGAUGGAGAAACCAACCUGAAAAUUAGACAGGGCUUGCAGAUCACGUCAGAAAUAAAAGACAUUGACAGUUUAAUGAGACUUUCUGGCCGCAUGGAAUGUGAAAGUCCUAAUCGCCAUCUGUAUGAUUUUGUUGGCAAUAUAAGGCUUGAAGGUCACAGCACUACACCACUUGGCCCUGAUCAAAUUCUUUUACGAGGUGCUCAGCUGAGGAAUACACAAUGGAUUCAUGGAAUAGUUGUCUACACCGGGCACGACACAAAACUCAUGCAGAAUUCCACAAAACCUCCACUGAAGUUGUCUAAUGUGGAAAGAAUUACAAACAUACAGAUUCUGAUAUUGUUUGGAUGCCUUCUUGGUAUUUCAUUGAUUUGUUCAAUUGGGCAAAGCAUAUGGAAAGCAAAACAUGGAAGUGGAGCUUGGUACAUGGAUUUAAACUAUGGUGGUGCAGCAAACUUUGGAUUAAAUUUCUUAACGUUCAUCAUUCUAUUCAACAACCUUAUACCAAUUAGCUUGCUAGUUACGUUAGAGGUGAUUAAGUUUAUCCAAGCAUUCUUCAUUAACUGGGAUAUGGACAUGGUGUAUGAAGUGACUAAUACCCCUGCUAUGGCACGCACUUCCAAUCUUAAUGAAGAACUGGGCCAGGUAAAAUAUAUAUUUUCAGACAAAACUGGAACCCUCACAUGUAAUGUUAUGCAGUUUAAGAAGUGUACAAUUGCAGGAAUUGCAUAUGGUCACUGCUAUGAACCUGAAGAUUAUAGCUGUGCAGAUGAUGACUGGCAUAGUGGACAGUCAUCUGAAGAAAGAGGAUUUAAUGACCCCAGUUUGUUAGAGAAUCUUCAGAGUAAUCAUCCCACUGCAGCCAUCAUACUAGAGUUUAUGACAAUGAUGGCUGUGUGCCAUACAGCAGUUCCUGAGAGGGCAGAUGACAAGAUUGUUUACCAAGCUGCUUCCCCAGAUGAAGGGGCUUUAGUAAGAGCUGCUAGAAACCUGGGCUUUGUGUUCUCUGGAAGAACUCCGGACUCUGUGAUAAUUGAAGCUCUUGACCAAGAGGAGCGAUAUGAACUAUUAAAUGUUUUGGAAUUCACAAGCAAUAGAAAAAGGAUGUCUGUGAUUGUACGCACACCAUCUGGAGGAAUAAGACUCUACUGCAAGGGAGCUGACACAGUAAUAUAUGAACGGCUUGCAGACAGUUCCAGGUAUAAGGAAAUAACUUUAAAACAUCUAGAGCAGUUUGCAACAGAAGGACUGAGAACAUUAUGCUUUGCUGUAGUAGACAUAUCUGAGACUGCCUACCAGGAAUGGUUAGAAAUCUAUCUUCGUGCAUCAACAGCAAUGCAGAACCGAACACUGAAACUGGAGGAAAGUUAUGACCUAAUUGAAAAGAAUUUACAGCUACUAGGUGCUACAGCCAUUGAAGAUAAGCUCCAGGAUAAAGUACCAGAGACAAUAGAAACACUCAUGAAGGCUGACAUUAAAAUCUGGAUUCUUACAGGCGACAAGCAAGAGACUGCAAUAAACAUAGGGCACUCUUGCAAACUACUGACGAAGAAUAUGGGCUUAAUUGUAAUUAAUGAAGGCACCCUUGAUGGAACACGGGAAACGCUGAGUCGCCAUUGUGGUACUUUGGGAGAUGCCUUGCGAAAGGACAAUGACUUUGCACUAAUCAUAGAUGGCAAGACAUUAAAAUAUGCACUGACUUUUGGGAUCCGGCAGUAUUUUCUUGACCUCGCUUUGUCUUGCAAAGCUGUAAUCUGUUGCAGGGUGUCUCCUCUCCAGAAAUCAGAAGUAGUUGAGAUGGUAAAGAAGCAAGUUAAAGUGAUAACUCUGGCCAUUGGAGAUGGAGCCAAUGAUGUGGGGAUGAUCCAGACUGCUCAUGUUGGCGUUGGCAUUAGUGGAAACGAGGGUCUACAGGCUGCAAACUCAUCUGAUUAUUCUAUAGCUCAGUUUAAGUAUCUGAAGAACUUGCUGUUGGUUCAUGGUGCAUGGAACUACAACAGAGUGGCAAAAUGCAUUCUUUAUUGCUUUUAUAAGAAUAUCGUCUUGUAUAUCAUUGAGAUAUGGUUUGCUUUUGUGAAUGGAUUCUCUGGGCAGAUACUUUUUGAAAGAUGGUGUAUUGGUCUCUACAAUGUGAUUUUUACAGCUUUGCCUCCACUGACCUUGGGAAUCUUUGAGAGAUCCUGUCGUAAGGAAAAUAUGUUGAAAUACCCAGAAUUGUAUAAGACCUCUCAGAAUGCAAUGGGGUUUAACACCAAGGUUUUCUGGGCUCAUUGUCUGAAUGGCCUCUUCCACUCAGUUAUUCUGUUUUGGUUUCCACUGAAAGCUUUCCAGCAUGACACAGUAUUUGGAAAUGGGAAGACUCCAGAUUAUUUGCUGUUAGGAAACAUGGUGUAUACGUUUGUAGUUAUCACAGUUUGCUUAAAAGCUGGCCUGGAAACGUCUUCAUGGACAAUGUUCAGUCAUAUAGCUAUCUGGGGCAGUAUUGCAAUGUGGGUGGUUUUUUUCAGCAUCUACUCAUCUAUGUGGCCUCUUAUUCCAUUGGCACCUGACAUGUCAGGAGAGGCAGACAUGAUGUUUAGCUCUGGCGUAUUUUGGAUGGGUCUCUUCUUUAUCCCUAUAACAUCUCUAAUAUUUGACUUGAUGUAUAAAGUGGUCAAAAGAAGCUGUUUUAAAACUCUGGUGGAUGAAGUUCAGGAAUUGGAGGCAAAAUCACAGGACCCCGGAGCUGUCGUACAUGGCAAAAGCCUCACUGAACGAGCUCAGCUCCUGAAGAACGUCUUUAAGAAGAGCACGGCCAGCCUGUACCGUUCAGAAUCCAUGCAACAAAACCUUCUACAUGGAUAUGCUUUCUCCCAAGAUGAGAAUGGAAUCAUCUCCCAGUCUGAAGUAAUAAGGGUCUAUGACACCACUAAGCAGAGACAAGAUGAGUGGUGAAUUUUGUGCGUUUAAAGAGGACUUAGUUGGGAAAAGAAAUCUGUAAGAAGACAUGGUUUUACAGGACGCAAGUCUAGAAGCUUUUCGAGGCUAUGUCCAAACUUUCCAAGUGUAAAAAAAAAGUAUUUUGAUCUCAGUAAGUUUAAAAAAACUGCUUACCUAUUGUUGAUGAUAUCAUGACCGUGGGAAUAGAUUUAAAGAAAACAUCCAUCCAAAGAUUGCACAGUAUUCACCCAUGAGUCUAGGAGGAAGGUUAUUAAAUUGUACUUUGAUUUUCUCACUGUUCCACUUUUGUCUUAUACUCAAAAAUUUAGUUGACAGGUGUCUACUGUUUUCAGUAGGGCCAAUGGGUCUCAUAAAAACAUAAACCAUAGUCCGGCAUAAGCAUCGCAGCACAUCUGAGGAGUAAAUGUGAAUGGCCUGGACCACUGGACAUAGAGUCUCCACUCUCGGACUCGGGUUUGCCAAAGAAAGGGUGGAGCGUUACACCAUCAGCUUUAAGGUGCCCCUCUGAAUCUGUUUUUUGGGACAUGUAAAAUGUAGGUUCACAAGAUCAACAUUCCAUGACGGGGAACUCAAAUUUGGAAUGAGCCUGGUGUGGUUUGUUCCUCCAGUUCUUGCUUUUAAUCCUGUGACACUAAAGUAUGUCAAUAUGGCCUUAUAUGUGCACUUCUCCAUGCCUUGCUAUGAAAUUGUAUUUGAAAGAUGAGUUGUCAAUGUGCCUGGCUAUAAUAUGUUCUUGUCUAUGUAGUAAUUAAUGGGAAAUCAAGUAUUAUAAAACAAAACAAAAAAAAAA